AUGUCAAUAGCGCAGUUGCUCAGCGCAACUGCCCAGAGGCUCUUUGAAGGUUCUGCGUACUGCUCUCAAUUUUGGUGGAAGGCAGGUUGCAACUCCAUGCCAGCACAAACCUUGAACGUGUGCGCGUUCUUACAAACCAGACUCAACUUAGCUGGGACCUGCAGAUUUGGUGGGCACUGGCAACCGUUUCAGUGAUGUUUACGUAAGCAUGAAUUCAAUAAGCCUUUCUCGCCCCCUCUCGACGACAGCGAGCCGUUGCCCGGAAUCACCUUUUUACCGAACCGACUUCUAGAAGGCCCGUUCGGUCCUCGGCCAAAAUGGCGGCUGGGGUUUUGCGUGUGGCCAGGAGAUGCCAUCUCUCCCUGCAAAACGUCGAUGCAACUCAUUGGAGAAGGCGAGAAAAUUGAUAGGCCCCCAACCCUAGUCUGCAAUUAAAUUGCAAAUUUUGCACAUGCCCUUUCCCCAUAUACAGUAUUUCCCUUCAGACGAUACUGUACGUAACUGCCGCUCCAUUCUGAUAGCCAAUAUUUCUUACAGCAUAGCUUCACUGUAUGCAAAGACGCGAGAGAGUUCUCAUUUGCGAGAGAGCGCACCUCCUCCCAGGGGGCGGUCUCUGGAUCAAUUUCUUGUACAAAUGCAAAAUUGAGCUGGUUAGAAACAGAUCAAGUCUUGCCUUGCCAAUCAGCGCGCCGCUCCGCCGCCCGCCGUCGCCCACCCGCCUCAUGCGCUGUAUUUCGCUGUCACACCUACCGCCGAAACAGUAUAAAUAGUGCGGGUGCUCCUCCAUCUACCCCUCUCCCGGUUAACUGUCUUGGUUAAAGCCUUGAUUAAGUGUAGUAUCUGUUUUAUCUAGUGUAACAGCUAGAUGCGUCUCCACAUGGAGUCGCGUUUUAUGUUACAACUAUUUUUCUCGAGGGGCGUCGUUUUUGAUGGAGCUUGCUUCGUCGCGGCGCCGCGCUUUGCCCUGGUAUUGCACUAGCCUCCAGGUUUUGCAGAGCACCUCUUCCCCCCAUCGAACUUCCCGUAUGGGUUGUUUCUGUUUUCAUCGACUUCUUGUUUCCGGCGGCGCUCUUCUCUCGUUUCUGUUUGUUUCUCUCUUUCAGGUUCGCGUCAGUGCCGCAGGCGGCCUCGCGCUUCUUGCUGCGUCCGUAUCCGUUCGGAAGGAAAAUAUAUCAUGUCGCCGGGGUACCUCGUGACAUUUCAAUGCCAUGUCCACGCUACUCUCCCCGAGGCCGUACAUGUUUGUUCCACAGCUUUCAGACGAGUACAACGGCGCUUACCGAUGUGACAUCCAGCCACACACUCAAUUCUUCGACGGCAACUGCAAUCAGCGUCAGGCAGGAGGUGAAUUAUUAAAGGAGUCUGCUACAGCUUCCGGUAAUUUCAUGGCUGCUGCGGAUUAUGAAGCUGCCUCACCGCUAAUAUCUUUUCCUUCUGUUGUCUCAUUGAGGUUGUCCGUAAAGUCACGAAAACGCGUGAUUUGGUGGCGUAUUUGCUCGGAUUCUCUAAACGCAAAUUUUCAGACAACGCGUUUGGCAAAACUCACAGAAUACCGAAAACUGGGGGCAUGUGAGUUUUCCACGAGUUUCUCAUCUGCCUGAUCACGACAGUGCCGGAUCGACCCGUCUUGAUGGAAAGCGAAGUGGGUUUUCCGCUCUUUUCAUCAGCACGAAGGAGUCUCAGACUGCACGGGCCGUACCGGUUUUCGUCAUGGACGCCCGUAUCUCUUCAUCUGCGCGGUCCAUCAACGGAUCAAAGCGCGACAGGAUCUGCCACAGAUGUCGUCGAAGCAACCGCGAAUGAUAGACAAGUAGAAGCUUCUAAAAAGCGGUCCUCUCCAAACGGCCCCCCUCAGCCUGUGAAGAAGACGAAACACAUCGCUCUCUCGACUGAGAACCAUUCUACUGUAUCCUUGAGGCGAGCUACAAUAUUCGCUACAGCGAGUAUUCGCGCAGGUACACGUGAUCCGUCGGGCGGCACAACUAUGUACCAGACUUGCGUUUGUUGCGGGCAGGUACCUUGCUGGAGGUCAGUCCGCAAAACUCGUGGAAUUUUUCAAUCUCGGGUUUACUUUACGUCCAGCGACUUUGUGGGCAAGUGGAAAAAAACAACACGUUAUUUUUACGGACAACCUUAUUGUAAACCAUCGCCUAUUAUUCUUUGCUA